CUGGCUAGUAACUGCUAGCUAGCUUCAGAUCACAUCUAGCCUACUGUACGCAAAUAGUUUGAAUUCAAUCCUGUUGCCAUAAUGCCGAUACUCCUGCCGUUCCACAAAUCAAUACUUGAGGAGAUUCACGACCCUGCAACUUCAGACUUGCUCAUCCUUGCCCGUGGACUUGGACUUCGUCGUACCAUAUGCACACUCAUGCAAAUAUACGACUCAAAGCAAAGCCUUAUUUUGCUCUUGAACGCUUCACCGGAAGAGGAGAUUGCCAUUGGGGAUGAACUGGGUAUCAUGGGGUGCAGGCGGCCUGGAUUGCGGAUUGUGGGUUAUGAAAUGGGAAAGCGGGAUAGACAGGACCUCUACAAGAAUGGCGGCCUCAUUUCUGUCACCUCCCGCAUUCUUAUCGUUGACAUGCUGCAAUCCGACAUUCCAACAGAGCUCAUAACGGGUUUAAUUGUUUUACAUGCUGAAAAGGUCACUGCCCUCUCCCUUGAAGCAUUCAUUGUUCGGCUGUACCGAGAAAAGAAUAAGGCUGGCUUUCUCAAAGCAUUCUCGGACCAGCCUGAGCAUAUCACCAGUGGCAUGUCUCCGCUGAAGAACAUCAUGAAGGAGCUUCAAUUAAGACGCGUUCAUAUAUAUCCACGAUUUCACGAAGACGUCAAGAACACCCUCGAAACGCGUAAAGCAGAUGUCAUCGAAUUGUAUCAGCGUCUUACAGAGCCUAUGGAGGCAAUUCACCAUGCGAUAGUUCAAUGUAUGACUAUCACACUUUCCGAGCUCAAGAGAUCCAAUAAGACACUUGAACUUGAUGAUCUCAAUGUAGAGUCUGCAUACUUCCGUUCCUUUGACGCAGUGGUCCGCAGGCAAUUAGACCCCGUAUGGCACAAGGUCGGUCCACGGACGAAGCAACUCGUGGGUGACCUCGCGACGCUCAGACGUCUAUUAACGUACCUAUUGUCCUAUGACGCGCUCGCUUUUCACGCAUACCUUGAAACUCUCGUAGCCUCAAAUACCACAACCGUAACUGGCGCAGCUAAACAACAUCAGUCCCCUUGGAUGCUCACUGAUGCGGCUAAUAUCAUUUUUAGCACCGCGAAACGACGGUGUUAUGUCCUUACUGCUCCAAAACCUACAUCUUCGGUUCCUGAGAGGCAAGUGAUUGACGUUGACGAUGAAGACGCAUGGGCUGCACUUGAUGAGGCCCAUGGGUUAAUAGGAAGCAAUAGUAGAGAUAAUGGGAAGAAGAAGGAAGAGAAGAAACCAUGGGUUCCGGAUAAUAUGUCUCCAGUGCUCGAAGAGCUUCCGAAGUGGGAUCUCCUUGCAGAUGUACUUCAAGAAAUCGAGGAAGAGCUAAUGAAACAGGAGGCAGUGUCGACUCGUCCGCCAACUCGCGGGACCAAUACGGUACUUGUCAUGACCUCCUCUCCACGUUCUUCCACUCUUGUGAGCGAGUUCCUGGGGGAGAUGGACGGUACUGCUCCGAAAGGCUCUCGUGGACGAUCCAUGAUGGAGCGCAAAUUACGGACAUACCUGUAUUGGAAAGGCCAGAACGCCAGACAAAAACAACCAAGGUACCAACAACCACCUCGGUUCUCUGCCCCGCAAUCAAAGUCAUCAUCGCAACCUGAGGGCGAGAUUAGUGAAGCUUUGAAGAGGAAAGACAAGACGAGACAAGAGCGAAGUGCGAAUCGGAGAAGGGUGCGUGGCGGUGCACCGAUGACUGUUGCACCAAGUAAGCCAGCAGUUGUCGAUCCAAAAGUGGAGUCGAGAGACGAUGGAGAUGAUAUCGCAGCCUUUCUUGCAAGUCAACCUUCAGACCUCCUUGUUUCCUCCGAUGCAGACGCUCUCCUCCUUGAAACGCUUCUGUCAAGCGAAGCAGAAAUAGACUUUGACACGCACUACGGCUUGCUUGCGCCCUCGCAGACGGUUGUUGUGCGAGCAUAUACUGAUGACACGGACGACCAGAUUCUCGCAGAACUGCAGCCGAGAUUUAUUGUGAUGUUUGAACCCAACCUAGAUUUCGUGAGGCGCAUCGAGGUGUACAGAAACUCUAACCCUGGUAUGGGCGUCCGUGUAUAUUUCAUGGUUUACCAACUCUGUUGCGAGGAGCACAAGUACCUUGCUGGACUGAGACGCGAGAAGGAAUCUUUCGAGAAGUUGAUCAAGGAACGCGGAUCUAUGCUCCUGCCGAUCUUCGAGGACAAACACGCUGGGAAAAGUGAUGCAGUCAUUAAAACAAUCAGCACCCGUCUCGCAGGCGGAAGGAAAGAGCUGAGUACUAUGCCAUCGCAGGUAAUCGUCGACAUGCGUGAAUUCCGUUCCACACUACCUUCGCUUCUUCACGCAUCUGGCCUACUCGUUAUUCCGGCGACGCUGACUGUCGGAGAUUACAUCCUCACGCCGGAUAUCUGCGUCGAGAGGAAGAGCAUACCUGAUUUAGUUGCGAGCUUCAAUAGCGGUCGAUUGUACACGCAAUGCGAGCUGAUGUCGGUGCACUAUAAGCAGCCCGUAUUACUCAUCGAGUUCGAGGAGAACAAAUCGUUCUCACUUGAGACGGUAGCGGAAUCAGCAAAGUCGUAUGCCAAGCCCACAAGCAAAUAUCCCGCGAAGAAAUCAACAGGUCCAACAGAUUCUGAUCGCGCUCCUCCUUCUAUCCAAUCCAAACUUGUUCUCCUCAUGCUCCACUUCCCUCGUGUUCGAAUCAUUUGGUCGUCGUCACCCUAUGGUACAGCAGAUAUAUUCAACGACCUCAAAGCUAACGCCUUCGAGCCGGACCCUAACCGCGCGAUUGCAAUCGGCGCCGAGGAAGACACAGAAGCGGGCGCAGGUAUCAACGCUGCUGCAGAGGAGCUGCUCCGGUGUCUACCAGGAGUGACAGCGAAGAAUGUUCAAUAUGUGAUGAACAAGGUGGGGAGUGUCAGGGAAUUGUGCGAGCUGGACAGAAAGGGCGUGCAGGGUAUUUUGGGUGUUGAACCGGGGAAUGCGUGUUAUGACUUUAUGCAUCGGGGAGAGAGGAAGACAGGCGGUUUAUGACCUUCGUUUGUGUUAGAAGGCAAGGUACUCGUCGAAAUGUUGGAUUAAAAUCGUACAUGAUUUAGAAAACAUGAAGGCGAGGAUGUAGAACUGUUAGUCGGUCUUGUUCACGGCUGCUCUGUAAAAAUAUAACGU